AUGAUGACGGCCGAUGGAGAUACGGAUGAUGAGGGCGUCAUGACCUUUGACGAUGAGGACGACGAUGAGCUGGCCAAUCUGUUCUCGUUUGGCAUCGAAGCCAGUGAAUCCAUGGCCUCGACGGAAAAAGAAAAUGAAGAGUACAAGAAACUGAUGCAGCGCGUAUUGCCUGCGUCCGUGACGGACGAUGACGAUAGUAAUUACUCGGAUGAUUCGCUGAUUCAACUGAUGGAACAGAAUAAAGAUGCUUCUGCGUUUGAUCCACUGGCUGUCACGGAACAGUCCGCCGAGGCAAACAAGGAUGAGAAUGCCUUAACGGAGGAGGACGAUUUGGAGAUUGUGGACAUGCAAGAAAUAUUGGAUUGGUUGGACAAUGACGAAGAACUGCUACAAGCACAGCACGAGGAUAUUGUACUCGUAGAACCACCCGAAGAAGAACCUCUGGAACAAAUGCUGCCCAAGGUAGCAAAUGUCCCUGCAACACCGACUUUUGAAACGCUGGAACAGGCAGUCAAGUCUCCAAAAUCUACCAUUGCUCAGAUUCGAGAUCUCGUAGUCAAGCAAGGCUUUGUCGUCGACCGAUCCAUACGACCACACUUGUGGUGCAAGGUAAUUUGCGGCAAGACUUUGGAUGAAACAAUCAAGUCAAGUGUUGCAGACUCAUUUCAACAAUGGGAGAAACAAUGGCUGAAAAGAAAAGAAGAAAUCAAGAAGGAGCAAGAGGAAAAGGAAACGAGACAAGUUGAAGAGAAGGUGGCACAAGAGGAACAGAAAAUUAAUCAUGUUGAAGAGAAUGUACGAGAGGGAAAAAAGGCAAAGGAGCAAGACGAUAGCAAGCCGUCUGCAGAAGAAAAGGAGCUAGAUGGGGAAGAAGAAGAUGUCCAAUCUCAGCAACAGGAGCCAGCUCAGCAACCGCAAGAAGAACCAGAACAAGAUUGGAUAGAAGAAGUCUCCGACGCCUUGGCCGAUCGUAUCGUAUCGGCAUUGCAUGUCGACAAGAAAUCGUCAAGAGAAGCUCUCAUCUCAAUCCUGCACAACCAUUAUGAUGACGGAGCCCCAACAAACAAAAAUCAAACGACUGAACAAAACAAAAGUGAACAAAAAGCUAAGGAUGACCAAAAUGAUGAAACGAAAAAUGCCAAUGGCAACAGCACUGAAAAUCCGAAUGAUUCCGACGAGAAGAUGGACGACAACAAUGGCAAAAAGGGGAAAAACAAAGUGGAAAUCCAUGAUCCUCUCCUACCACCUGUUGCAUGUGCCAUCCUCUCAGCUGGGAUCCCAAAGGUUGCUGCUUCUGUAAUGCUGAGCAAAAUUGUCCCAAACUUUAUGCCAAUAUUGGGAUUGACCCACAAGGAAAGAAUGAAAGCAGCGAACGGGCUUCACUCUCAGUUUCAUCUGCUGGUCUGUUACCAUUUUCCUUGUCUUGCGAUCCACUUGGAUCGAUACAUUCCGGACUGGUACAAGGGGGCUCCCGUCGGGCUCGUACCGCAAUCUUGGCUAGUGUCACAUUUGGCGGGAGAAUGUGGGGGGACAUUUAUGAGCCCAAGACGACUGCAUUGCCUCUGGGACUUGGUCUUGACGAGCAGCAACAACUCUCUACGAUUCUUCUUGUCCAUGGCACUGUUGCAAUCGCAUGCGGAGCGGCUGGUACUACUGACUGGGGAUGAACUACAAGUGGAAACGAAAAAGGUUUUGUCCCUUGACGACAAUACGACAAGUGAUGCUCAAUCAGAAGAAAUAUUGAAUCAACAAGCAGUUCAAUGGGUACAUGAUUGGUCUGACAAGGCACAAGCGCUUUGGGAAGCAACACCACUAUGUAUAGUACGACAGUUGAAGCGGCUUGAGGAUGAUGCCGUCAAUAAUGCUCUGCUCCAACGGCAACAUGAUAUUGAAAAACGAUUGCAGGCUAGACUUGACGCAGAGGCAAGGGCGCAACAGGAAAUUGUAGAGGCUGAGCGCGAGAAAAAAGCCGACGAAGCACGUCUUCGUUUGACGAGGGCAAGGCUUGUUGCUUACUAUCGCCAGUACAAUCCUGAAAAGGAAGGAAACAUUGACAAACUCAUGGAGCUUUAUACAGGGCGCUACGAAGUCCUAGAUAAAAAGCUCAAGACAAAAUAUGGAGUUGGUUUCAAUCCUCCUAUGAAACCCACAUCUCCGACCAAGAGAAGUGAUAAUGCUGGUGGAGGCGGCGGUGGAGGUUUUGGGGAUCUCUUUGGAAAGAAACAAGAUAAAGACAAUGAUGGAGACGAUAGUUUACAACUACGUAAUCUGGUAAUGGAGGUCCAAGUAAAUGAAGCUGUUUCGGGAGUUUGUUGGAGUAAGAGUGCUCAUCGUUCGAAGGUUUUGAACAUCAAAGAGGCUUCAAAGCUGGAACAUGAUCGAGAUGGCUUGCUACCGCUGAAAUUCUGUGUUGUCGAUAGCCGACCGAAAGAAGUAGCGGAAUCCCAGGGUCGGUUUCCAACAUCUAUCAAUUUGGGUCCCGAAACAUUUUUGGAUCCUGACAGCCUGGCAAAACAAAUCGAAAUGCUCGAGUCGCUGAGAGGAAUGGCUCACCUCUGUAUCAUGGGGGAAGGAUACUCUGCUCUACCUGAACUUUACGGUCAUAGGAUGACAAAGCGGCUCUCAGCUUGUAUAGGUGAAGAUAAUGCGCGGAACAGGAACUGUGCAUUGUUCCUUUUGAAAAGAGGGUUGCCGUUUGUCAGCAUUGUCAACGGCGGUUUCGCAACCAUGCACGCGUUCCUCUCUCGAGAGGGGCCAGGCAUCAAUCUGGAGCCUCAGCUUGUUCUGGCAGAUUACAAUCCUGAACUUUCAGUGUUCGGACAGUUCGAAACAGUCUACAGUAGUUCCGGGCGUCAAAAGGCGCAACGGAAGCUUCAAAAUCUAUUUGAUACUAGCAUGGCGGCCAUGACGUUAAACACAAUGCGGCUUGAAAAGGCUGUGUCACCGGAGGCUGCCAACGACUCCCAAACACCCAACAGCGAGCAGAAUCUCGUGUCGCGCUUCUUCGGUCGUGGUGAACAACCAAGUACUGUUGAAAAAGGAGGGAGCGGCCCAAAACCUGAGGCAGAGAAAAGCAACGAGGCAGCUGAUUCUUCCAAACCUCUAUUCGGUGGAUUCAGUGUUAACUUCAACGAGCUCAAAGGGAAGAAAGACGAGGAGUCCCUUCUAUCAAGGAACCCAUUCUCCAUGUUUGGAAAUAGCAACGACAAGAAAAAGCAAGCAGAGAAAGGUGGGAUGGCUGGCCAUUUUGCAGGCUUCAAAAACAAAAUGGAGAAAAUGAAAGAAGAAGUUUUGAACGAGGGCAAGCAGGAAAAGCCAAAGAAACCAGUGCAAGCAACUGUUGUUGCUAUUCCUACGGCGCCAAAGGAUACUUCUAAGUCGGGGCAGUCAUGA